GGACAUUUCAAGGAGAAGAGCAGCUUAUAAAUCAACUCCACAGUCAGUCCAGAGUGACUCAGUCAGUCAGAUGAACGUCAGAAAAGGAGGGAACACGAGGUUUUCGCAAUGGGGCUGCGAUUGAAAAGAAAAUGAGAAAGGAACCUCUCGAUUGCUAUGCUCGCAGAAAAGAUCUGAUGAUGAUUAAAGAUUCGAUUCAAAGAUUCUGACCCAAAAGCUCACCAAAGGAAAGCAGUGACGGCAGCUGCUGAGAUAUCAUAGCUGUGACGAUACAGAUAGAUAGAUUUUAAGAUUGUUUGGGGCUCGACCCGCAGCUGCACAAUAAUCGAUCUGUUCAAGACUUAUCAGUGAUGAUUCACCUCGUGGGUUUGCCGGAAGGUACCUGGUAUGGUACUGUCUUUGUCUUUGUCUUUGUCUCACUGUCUUCUGUCUUCUGUCUUCUGUCUCUACUCAAGGUAGUCUAGCUGUGGCCAGUAUUAAGACACUGUUUCGCUUGCAACAGGGAUUGGACAGAUAUCCUUUUAAAAGACUUUGAUCCAGCUGGAACAAUGAUGGUACCGGUACCAGUACUGUACUGAAUAACUGUAUAGUAAAGUCAGAAUCCGGUGAUCUUCAUUAUUCAUUUUCAGCAAAAAGAAUUGUUUUGAAUUUUUCCCAUUUUCAUAUUCCUCUUCCCCUGAGUGGCGAACAAGCCUGGCAAUGUUAGGAGAUUGAAUGAGAUCAGUGAGAUGAUGACAACUCUAUGGAUUGUAGCAGCAGUGAUCCUUUGGACCUUGUGUUCAAUCGAGGUCUCCUCCACCCAAUCAUCAGUCUCUUUCCAAGUGUUUCCCAACAUUUCUGCGUGCCAUGACAAGUCAGGGACCGAAAAUGCUCUCAUUCCACUGUUACCCACAAGCACAUUCGAAGAAUGCCUGGAUCUAGCGGCAAACCGUUCGUGCUACUCGGUCUGUUGGUCCAAACAAGCAAAAACCGACAAUUGCCAUUGUCACGUGACGCCCAUUUGGAUGCCUCUGCCAAACACUUCCGUGGAUUCCGCCGUUCUCGAUUGGCCCUGCACCAGCCCAAAGGAUUGCUCGUACAAUGGCAUUUGUGAUACCACUUCUAGUAGUAGUAGUAGUACUCCGAAAUGCCACUGCCAUGCCGGAUGGGGUGGAGUACGAUGUGGAGCACUGCAAUUCCUUCCCGUCCACAAGGACACUCCUGGAUUCCGUCAAGUCAAUGCCACGACAAGACACAAUAUCAGUACGUGGGGAGCAUCCAUUCUAUGGGACCACCAAACGCAACAAUGGCACGGAUGGGUUUCGGAAAUCGUCAAUGAAUGUGGCAUUAAUGCGUGGAACGUAAAUUCGCAAAUUGUCCACAUUACCAGUCAUUAUAGUCCUAGUGGUCCCUUUCAACGACAAGAUAUCUUUGCCACUCCCUUUGCACACGAACCCAGCGUCACGAGAGGACCUCGAGGCGAAUGGGUCAUGCUCUAUUCGGCAUACAACAACCUCACUCGUCAUAUCACUCAUCAUCACGAAGGAUACAAUGCCAGCACGUGGCAACGAGUGGCGUGUACCAAUUGCAGUCAAGGAGCCAGUCUCUCUCCAGUGGGGAGCAAGGGAUGUCCCUUUCAACGAGGACAACCCACGAGACUCAAUCAUCUCUACAUUCAAAUGAUGGCGAUUGCAUCCCACCCCAAUGGGCCUUGGAGACACGUCGAAAUACCCAAAUUGACCAUGCCGUGGGAUUGGAAUACUGCCAUGACCAUUCGCCCAAAUAGUGAAGAGGCCAUUGCCCUGAUUCGAGGUGGUAUGGUAUGGCACGCCCACCAAUACGAUGAUCCCCACAGUUGGCAUCCACUCAAUGGUCGUGCUGAUCCAGAUGAUGAUCACCAACCAUCUCCACACUGGCCAAUUCCCGUCGAAGAUCCAUACAUUUGGUACGAUGACACGAAUGGCGUCUAUCAUGCACUGGCGCAUUGCUUUGACCCCUUUUUUGGAGUGCAUGCCUAUGCCGCCGACGACAAACACCACCACAACCAUUCUUCUUUGAAAGUUUUGAAUUGGACCGUCACGGGAGUUGCCUACGACAAUGUCGUUCACUUUACCGAUGGGACCCAGUACGCCUUUGGCCGUCGGGAACGACCCUUUUUGAUUUGGGGCAAAAUGGGACAACUCGUGGCUCUCUCGAAUGGAGUCGCCUAUGGGACACCCAAUCCGUUUGCCGUGGGCCAUGACAUGACAUUUACACUGGUAGCGCCCAUUGUGCAGCAACAACAACAAGCAAUAACAAGCAGUCACCAACUGAAACGGACUACUCGAGUAUUAGCUACAGUGUAGUUGACUGACAGCAGAGACGACAAGAGCCACCUUUUGAGCAAUCUGGCCAAGCUAGCUAGGUCCCUUCCAAAACAAAACUGGCCGCAACACAAUCACUCCACCAGCCUUUGUGGUGGGCAAUCGAGCUAAGCUACCGUACUGGUACUACCUGGAAGGAAGAUACAUGUAUGUGAGUGGCGAAAUUCUAUCUAUCUAGCUGGCUAUCCGGACACAUGUAGUGGGAGUAAUGCACUCACUACGGUAGCUAGCUAGUGAAGCAAAACGGAACAAGACCACCAGCUUUGUGUUUCGUGUGCCGAAGCAGCAAAGAAACUUGGGGAUACAUCAUACGGUAGCUUGGAGGAGGUGUUGCAUAACGGAACAAAGCACAUGAACUUUUUUGUGGGUUCACCAGUUGCUAAAGGAUCCCUUGUUUGCACAACCGUUCGGAACAAGACAGACAGAUGAUGCUCUGAUGCCGAUGCUUUGCCGUAGCUAGCUACAUGUACCUGGUAGUGGCCGGUCGACCACUCACUCGUCGAACCUAUUUUAAUCCCAGCAUUCUGGUGACUGAAUGUUGGCGCUACCGCUCGGCUUCCCAGAAGUUCUAGUUAGAAACACAAUUUUACGGUUUGCCAAAAUUGUGAGGCGUACUUAGGCUAAAAUAAGUCGUCCUGCUCAUGUAUCCAUAGUACUUAAGGUUGACAGUUACAUCAAUGAGUGGCGCGG